GUUUCUCCCGCUCCGACUGUACUAUAAGUGCACGGACAGUUUAUGAGCCCCACUCAAAGCGAGAGGAACCGCACACGAGGAGCGGGAUGGCGAGGAGAUUACUCUCACACCUCCGCCUCCUGCUCGCGGGGCUCCUUCUGACCGUCCAGGCGAACCGAAGGGUGGCUUCGGCGGACGAGGACCGGGACCAGGAAAGCGACGCGGAGACGCCGUGCGAAGUGAAAACCGUCACCGUGUCGACGCUGCCUGUGCUCCGGGAGAACGAGUUCAGCUUCACCGGCGGCGCCUCGGGGAUCGUGGCCGGUGACGGGGGUGCUGCUGCCGGAGCAGGUGCUGCUGGUGGAACUGGAGGAGGAGGAGGAGGAGGAACAGGAGGAGGUGGGGAAUCGCGACUCCUGUUAUUCGUUAGAACAGACCUACCUGGGCGAAUUUCCGUCAUGGAUGAUCUUGACAACACUGCGCUCCCUUACUUCACACUCGAGAUGUCCGGAACAGGCGAGGACAUUUCCCAGGUCCACUGGAAGCAGCAGUGGCUCGAAAAUGGAACCCUGUACUUCCAUGUGUCGAUGACAGAAUCGGAAAUUCCUCCUCAGACGACACAGCCGUCAGCCCGGGAACCUGCGCACGCUCUUCAUGAACACAUGCACCUGCUCCACAUAUCUGUCAUGGGAGGCCUCAUUGCCCUGCUGCUUCUGAUCCUGCUUUUCACGCUGGUCCUGUACACCCGACAUCGAUGGUGCAAGCGUCGGCGAAUUCCGCAGAAAAGUGCCAGCACAGAGGCCACGCAUGAGAUUCAUUACAUUCCCUCCGUUCUGCUGGGGCCUCAAGGUCGCGACAGCUACCGGGGUUCUCGGGGGACGCACCAGCACGGCAGCUCCGUCAUUGGUAUGCCCAUCCGCGAAACCCCCAUUCUGGAUGAUUAUGACUGCGAUGACGAUGACCCCGUGGGACACUCGCUUAACUCCACACCAAACCAGCACCACAUCAAGCUGAACGAUGGAAACGCUCCGGAGGGAUACGGCGUUGGCAUCGGGGGCCACUCAGACAUCAUGUGCAAUGAAGAUGAUCUCGAUUUCGAAAAACAAGGUUUUGACCCUAAUGAAGAGGCGGUGGAGGAUCUGAUGCAGAGAUUCCAGGAUGGUUUUCUGGUUCCGAACACGCCGGCAGACCUUUCUCACUACCAGCACGUCAUGCACAGCUCCUCUACCGGCCGCCGGAGGGUCCCGAGUCGCAGCAGAGCAGUUGAAGGUGUGUUCGGUCCUCAAGGCGAAUCAGGAUCGGAGCCUGAAGAUGACGGCCAGAUGAAGUUUUACACCGAGCAGCACAGAGGACGACGGCGCAGCAAAGGCCACCCACACAGCCCUCUCAAUAAGGUCACCCUGACGUUGAUUACCAUCAGCACGUGUGUCGUCGCCAUCGUCUACGCCACGCAGGACUCCUGCCCCCUCACCGUCAAGGUCACGCUCCAUGUGCCAGAGCAUUUCGUCGCAGAUGGAAGCAGUUUCGUUGUGGCGAUGGGAAGUUUCCUGGAUGUUUCCAAUUGGCUGAACCCGGCAAAGCUCACGCUGUACUAUCAGACCAACUCAUCCACUCAGUGGGUCAGAGACUACUGCGGCCAAAGGACCACCGAGCCCUGUGAGCAGCUCUGCCACGAGGAAACAGGAGAGUGCAGCUGUCAUGACGGUUAUUCCCCUGAUCCCGUCCACACACACCUCUGUGUUCGCUCCGACUGGGGUCAAAACGAAGGUCCGUGGCCGUACGCUCACUUGGAGAAAGGCUAUGACCUAGUUACAGGAGAACAGGCCCCGGAGAGGAUUUUCAGAUCGCUGUACAGUUUGGGUCAAGGAUUGUGGCUGCCUGUCAGCAAGAGCUUCGUGGUGCCGCCUGUGGAACUGUCUAUAAAUCCCAUCGCCAGCUGUAAGACGGAUGUGCUGGUGACGGAAGACCCCGGGGAGGUCAGGGAGGAGGCAAUGAUGUCGACUUAUUUCGAGACUGUGGAAGACCUCCUGGCAUCUUUUGGACCAGUUCGUGACUGCUCAAAAGACAACGGCGGGUGCAAGAAGAACUUCAAAUGUGUGACCGACCGGCAAGUGGAGUCCUCCGGCUGCAUGUGUCCUGAUGGGCUGCGGCCAAUGAAGGACGGCUCGGGUUGCUAUGACUACUCCCAGGGCAUUGACUGCACCGACGGCUUUAACGGUGGAUGUGAACAGCUGUGUCUGCAGCAGCUUGUGCCCCUUGAACAUGACCCGAGUUCCAGCAACGUGCUCAUGUUUUGUGGGUGCGUGCAGGAGUACAAGCUGGCAGGAGACGGACGCUCCUGCCUUCUGCUGACAGACAACUGUGAGGGACCGAAAUGCCCACGGCAGGGUGUUCACUUCAAUGACACGCUGUUUGGUGAAAUGCUGCAUGGAUACAACAACAAAAGCCAGCAGGUCAACUUGGGACAAAUAUUUCAAAUGACCUUCAGGGACAACAACUUCAUCAAGGACUUUCCCCAGUUGGCUGACGGUCUCAUGGUCAUUCCCCUGCCAGUGGAGGAGCAAUGUCGAGGAGUGCUGUCCGAGCCGAUGCCAAAUCUGCAGCUUCUCGCAGGGGAGGCCCAAUUCAAUGAAGCAGCCGGCUACCCAAUGGUCCAGCAUUGGAGAGUGCGCAGCAACCUGUACAAAGUCAAACUCAGUUCCAUCACGUUGUCCACAGGUUUUUCUAAGGUGUUGAAGACCCUGUCGGGGGAGAGCACACGUCAGGAGUUGCUGGCUUUUCUCCAACAAUACGGCAGUCAUUAUGUCUCGGAGGCACUUUACGGCUCUGAGCUCACCUGCAGCAUCUACUUUCCCAGCAAGAAAUCCCAGCAGCAACUCUGGUUGCAGUAUCAGAAAGAGGCGACAGAACAAGGGAUUGGUGUCGGUGGAAGACGAGAGCUGAAGUCGGUUCCCUUCAUCAGCUAUCUAUCGGCGAUGCAAAAGAGCCAGCUGCUGUCGGACGACCUGGUCAGUGGCGUCGAGAUCCGCUGUGAGGAGAAGGGCAGCUGUCCACCUGGCUGCCACCUCUGCCAUAGAAGUCACGGCUCGAACAGUCGGAACGGAGAGCAGCCGUCGCCCACACCAGUUCUUCUGGAAGUCAGCCGAGUGGUACCUCUGUACAGUCUUGUCCAAGACAAUGUUACCAAAGAGGCCUUCAAGAGUGCUACAAUGAGCUCAUACUGGUGUGCUGGAAAGGGCGAUGUCAUUGAUAACUGGUGUCGCUGUGACCUGAGUGCCUUCAGCAAAGAUGGCCUGCCCAACUGCAGUCCCCUCAGGAAGCCGAUCUUGCACCUUGCUCCUUACCUGGAGCCCUCGAGCACAAUGGUGGCUCUGGAGUGGACGGAUGUGGAGCCUCUGAUUGGAUGCAAAGUUUCUGACUACAUCAUCCAGCAUAAACGAGUGGAGGAUCCCUCAGAGGCAGAGAUCUACACAGGUGAAAUUCUGAGUUUGGCGGAUGAUCUGUUCUCUGGCCUGAGUUCAUCGUGCGUCGUUGCCGGAAGAAGGAGUGGCGAACGCCCGCACUCGCUGCUGUAUUCGGUGGUCUUCAAGUGCCUGGAACCUGACAGUCUCUACAAGUUUACCCUCUAUGCAGUGGACAGCCGAGGAAGCCGCUCAGACUCAAGCUUCGUCUCAGUUCGGACAUCGUGCACGAUGGUGGAUGACAGCCGUGCUGAAGAAAUUGCUGACAAAGUGUACAAUUUGUACAAUGGCUACACGAGUGGCAAAGAGCAGCAGAUGGCCUACAACACGCUGAUGGAAGUUCCUCCGUCCCUGCUCUACAGAGUUCAGCAUCACUACAAUUCCCACUAUGAGAAAUUUGGAGACUUUAUUUGGAGGAGUGAGGACGAGCUGGGCCCCAGAAAGGCAAACCUGAUCCUGCGCCGGGUGGACCAGAUCAGCCAUUACUGUCGCUCCCUCCUACGCAGUACUCACAUCCAGAGCCGAACAGACACCAUGGCGUACGUUCACUGUCGGAGCGAGGAGAACCGAGGAACCAGCAACAGCAACACAUGGCGAGGAUCUUUACACGAGAGCCGCUCGAGUUGCAUGGAAAAGCUCAUCUCUGUGCAGCGCAACACGUACAGCAACACCAAACUGCGAUGAGUCCGGUUUUCAUCCGACGUCAGGUGGAUGCCAUUCUCCUCCAGAGCGAGCGGAGAAGCGGAAUCAACUUUUAUUGGAAUAAUUUUGAGCUGCCAGCUAUUGCACAUAUCAAUGACUGACUGCAGUGCAAACGUGUAAAAUAUCGUCUCAACCAGGAGUAAAUCUGGUUAAAAAGAAAAAGAAAAGUAUUUGAAUGUAUCAUCGUUGUUCCAUCUUUGGUGCUUCUAAGCUAGCGGGGCGGUGGGUGGGGUGCUGGAGGUGGGGGAAUCUUGAGUGUCAUAUAUUUGACUUUUGCUAUGUGCCAUUUGUUAAACAGGUUGUUUUCUUGUUCGUGUCUAAUCCAAUCAUUGCUGUUUCAAUCCUAAUGAGGAAAGAGUUGUGUGAUAACAAGCAACAAAUAAGCCUGUAGGAUUUAUGCAACUGACCUGUCAAUCAUCUAUAUGGUGAGUUAAAAAAUUAAAAAAAAAGAUUACAGGAACUUAACAUUAGGAGAGAUAGUUAUGUGCAUCAUAAAUCAUCGAACCCCUUUCUGUCGUUUUGAUUUUGGCGUUUCAUGGUUGUGUGUUCACCGUUGUUAUGCCUUCAUUUAUGUAAUAUUUUUGUGCGUAUAUUUGUAAAAUGUUUUCUAAUUCUGUCACAUGUGAAACCAAUUCACAAUUCCCUUUUCAAUAUUUUUUAAAUCUCAUCUUUUUCCUUAAAUGAAUUAUUGUCGCUACUCUUUUAUGCUACGUAAUGUCAUGAUUGUCACAAAACCAUUUUAUACACAUUGAGUUAUUUUAAAACUUUUUCAUUUUUUCAUGGUUCAUUUUUGUCAUUGCAGCGCUUAAAUUAUGAUCAUCUAUACUCACAUGUGAAUAUUAUGUGCCAUGAAAUUAAAUGGAGCCAGUUUUUACUCCUGACCCUGCUGACUUAAAGUUGCCAUGAACCCCGUGUUCUGUUUAUGUCCUUUCGAUGACUAUUUUGUCUGACGCAUAUUCGCUGACCAGUGUCAUUACCCUUGAAGCCAUGGGUGUUUGAUUUAUAUGACUAUUGACAAUGCCUUUUUUUGGAUAUUCUAAUCUCCUGUAAGAUAAAUUGUAAUAAUAAAUUAUUAUAUUGUACAUACAAUAUUGUAAAAAAAAAAAAGAUGUAUAUCUGUAAUGUGUCGCUUAAACUGUUUUUUUUUUUUC